AGCGGUGGGGCAGGAGGGGGGGGGCUCCCGCGGUGGUCCUGCCGUCCCUACUCAACUCUCAGUUAGUGCCGUGUCCCACAUACGCAGUGACCAAGCCGCCGCUCCUCAAGGAUCCCCCUGGAUACUCGCAGUGUUCACACGUCUGACAGAACGAGAAGAUCACGAUGGGUGAGAAGAGAGGGAUGAAAGCACUGGAGCUAUGGUGUAAGAGAGUGACAGACGGUUACCCUGGGGUCAAGGUGGAGAACAUGACCACCUCCUGGAGAGACGGGCUGGCGUUCUGUGCACUCAUCCACCACUUCAGACCCGACCUCAUAGACUUCUCGAGCCUCAAGAAGAACAACAUCUACGGGAACAACGAGCUGGCGUUCCGCACGGCCGAGAGACACCUGGGGAUCCCCGCGCUGCUCGACGCCGAAGACAUGGUCGAGUACGAAGUCCCGGACAGGUUGUCCAUACUCACAUACCUGUCGCAGUUCUACCAGACCUUCGCCUCCCACCCCUCAUCACCGAUCAAGCGGUCCCCCGACAGUACAGACUGCUCAUUGGUGCUGUCUCCGUCGGUCUCCACUCCCCCGCCCAAGGAGGGUAGAAGACGGGAACCUUGUUUCGCUUGUGGCCUUCCCGUCUUCUUAGCCCAGCGAUUGCUAGUCGGCGGCCGCCUCUAUCACCGAACUUGCUUCCGUUGUGCGCGGUGCACGGCGCAGCUCACGCAGGGAAACUGGUACGAGACACAGGACGGAGCCUACUGCUGUGAGACCUGCCCCGACGAGGAGAUGGCCGGGGCGAGCGAACCGGAGCCCCCGCCACUGCCGUCACCGUCACCCCCGCCACUGGGUCUCCGACUAGCAGAACCUCCUCCUCUGGCCACCUCCCGGACAGCGUCACUGGUCGGCCUGCGGCGUAUGAUGUUCGAGAACAUCAGCCACACGGACGACGAGAAGCUGCCGGGACGAGGAAAGAGUGACGUUGUAGUGGAACCAAAUAAAUUAAACUUUAGCGCUAAAAGACCUGUUGAGUUCAACAGAAACAGUUCUCAUAGGUUAAGUGAUUCUAAGAUCAUGAAAGGUGACAGCGGUACGGUCGCCAGUAAUCGUGAAAUUGUGAAAAGUGAUUCUGUUAGUCAUAAAACUGAAAUUGGAAGUGAUUUUCAAUGUGAUUCGGAUCCAGUUAGUCACACUUCAAGUGAUAGUUCUAGGCCUAAGCUCGUCAUAUCCCACCAUACCCCAGAAGAGGAUGGUAUAGUUGUGACCACCGAAGUAGAUGAGAAAGACGGGUUUUCUAGUUUAAACGUAACUACGGACUUGAGGAUAGUCGAGGCGGAAAACGCAGACGUGGUUAGUGUCCAGAAAUUAGAUGUGGACAGUGAUCUUGAGCCGAACUCGUGCUCCAGCGACUUGUCAGUCGUACAGGCAAAGAAUGAGGUGAUCAACAAUUCAGAUGAUGAAAUCGAGUACAACAAGCUGGUAGAAUCGAAGGAAUCUAUCGAAAAUAACACAUUAGAGACUAGAUCGGACACGAUUCCAGAAGAGACUGAAAAAGUUGAGGUUAAGUCUGUUAAUAAUGAAACUGAAGGCCUAUUAAGCCAUGCUGAAAGUGGGAGUUUGAAGGAUGCUCCAGAUGAGAUCACGGAAAAUGUAGAUGAAUUCACUAGUUUGACGCACAACAUUGAGCAGCUCGUGAUUGAAGCUAAGAAUGAAGAUGUGAUCAACUCAAGUGAUGAGAAAGGAGAAACAGUUAUUGCGAAAGAUGAAAGUGUUAGUGAAAUGUUGGAAAGUGAAGAGAAGAGAGAUGUCAGUGAGCCGAAGGUACCGACACCAUCAGAGAGGGUUGUCAAGCACAAACCUCCCACCCCUCAAGCUAGGAAAGUGAGCAGAGCACUCGUCAUGCCAAAGGAAGAGAAGAAGAAACCACUCGAGGAUUACCCCGAAGAACUGAAUCCGUUUGGUGAUGAUGAUGAUAAUAAUGAGUUAAAAGAAAAACCAGCCAGUACGAAUCCCUUUGGCUCAUCUGACGAAGAGGAAGAAGAGGAUAGUUCACUGAGAAAAGAAGAGAACGUUCCAAAACCUGCUGCCCGAAAGGUAGUACCCGCUCCCAAAAUCAACCUGAAUCCCUUUUGGAGUGGUGAUGAAGAAGAAGAAGAAGAAAACACUACACCUAUCCCGAAACCAAGGAAGCUGCGAACGCCCAAGCCCAGCCCAGAGCCGAGUCCGCAGCCCCGCAGACUGAGAUCAGCCACAGGCAGUCUGGGCUCCUCCUCCUCCAUCGCCUCCCGGAAGAAGAAGCCGGCUCCACUACCCCCCAACUGGCAUACCCUUGGAACCCCUGGCAGCCGCAAGUCGUACUCAGCGCCUCGCCCUCCUCACCAUCCUCGCACUGUAACCCCCUCCCCUCCACCACUCCCCACCUCCUCACCCCCCACCUCACGUCCAGCCUCCCCUCUCCCUCAUGAUGACAAGCAGUUCUUCAACCGUCAGAGGCAGAAUUCAAUCGUGUCAGAAACAUCGUCGAUCGGGACGAUCAGUAGCUACACGCCACACAAGAGUAUGUACGGUCAGUGGAAGCGCAAGAAGGGACCGGCGCCAGCGAGACCCGUACCGGUGCGCCGGGCGGUUACAGCCGAUGCCACUGGCCAGUGUGCGCCAGGAACUGGCCGACAUUGAGAUCAAGCAGCAGGGACUGGAGCGCCAGGGGGUCAAACUGGAGCAGACCAUACGCGACAAGUUCGAACAGGGUGAGUCAUUUUUAGUG